CAGCCUUCCCUCGGGUCCCGAGCUGCUCAGCAACACUCGGCACCCAGCACACCCCAGAAAUGCGCUUCCUUCCCCGCCUCGGCCUCUCGGCCGCCCUGGCCACCGCCGCCUUCCUCAGCUGGAGGCUGCUGCUCCAGACCCCGGCCCACAGGCGCGGAGGUGACCUGGCCCCCAAGGCAGAGGAGGCCUUCACUGUGACACUGGACACCUUCCUUCACGUCCAGCAGCUUAGGAAGAGGAGACUGAGAGCUUUCUGUAGCCAAGCAGGCAAAGUUACCGCACUGGCGAGCAGCUGGGACGAGAAAGCCUCCCUGCUCCCGAGUCUGAGGGUGAACACCAAGCUGGACUUCCUGUACUGCCAAGUGCCAUCAACAGGGGUAGAGGAAUGGCAUCAGCUUUUGGAAAAGCUAGAGGAGGAAAACGUGACGCUGCCAGUGCCGCUCCCCUACCGCCGGCUGCACACUAAGGAGACACGGCUGAGCGCGUUCAACCAGACGGAGGUAAAGGCCAUGCUGGGGUCUUACACCAAAGUGCUGUUUGUCAGGGACCCAUUCCACAGGCUGAUCACCACGUUCCUGCAAGGCACGGGCAUCAGCUCAUCCUUCAGCAGCUUCGUCCAGGAAGUUCUAGACAGUGGAAUGCACAAUGGCAGCGUGGCUUGGAAACCACUGGUCAGCCUGUGCCGGCCCUGCCUCAUCCAGUAUGACUACGUGGUGAUGUUUGGCUUCCUCAGGCAGGAGCUGGGCCACCUGCUGCGCCGGGCUGGGCUGCCUGCAGGCAGCCUCCCCCCUGAGCUCACCGACAGCCAGGUGCAGUGGACUUACAGGUGGUUGUCAGAGCAGAUGUUCAGUGAGCUGUCUGCCCAGCAGAAGCAGCAGCUGUCUCAUUUCUACCGCUGGGACCUUGCUGCUUUCCCAUUUUCUAGCAGUUUUCUGUCAGACCGCCCCAGCACCGUGAAGACCUGGGAGAAAUAGCCCCAUGGAGGAACUGUUUCAGGGAGUGUUAAUCCAAAGGCUUCAAGGUUCUGACAGGCCUUUACUUGCAGGGAGGUUUUCCAUGUCACAGUCCAAAGGACUUGUCAGAGAGCUAAGACACACCACUGCCAGGGACGGGGGAUCAACACAGCUGUGUCCUGUUUAAAUACAACACAUGCAGGCACUAGGGAAACCUGUGGCACAAGUCAGAAAACUUCAUGAACUAAACUGUGAUGGGAUAAAGCAGUUUGGGGUGGGGUGGGUUGGACCUGCUGCAAACUACAGCAGCAUCACAUGUGCUGUGCCCACACUGACAUUUCCUUUUCUGGGCUUUUGUUGGGCCAAGGGGUUUGGCAAUGUCUUCUUCAUGACAGAUCUUCCCAUGCAGAUACAAGACGUGCUCCCAAAGGAGCAUGUCAUCUGGAGGCUGAGAUACGGCACAGGGUGGCACACCCUGCUGGGCAACCACUGGCAAUGUUCCCAAUCUUUUCAUGCUCAGGGAGGGUCGAGCCUGGCCCAUCAUUUGGUCUUUUCUGUUCUGUGUGAACUGUUCCUGUUUUACAACCUCAUCUCCUAUAUGUGUGGGCUCAAGUGGGCCCUGGGGAUGGGACCCAAUCCUUGCUCCAUUCACAGGUUUUGAGUUUGGCUCCCCUCCUUCCAGGGCUGACUCCUAUAGGCCAAGGCCACUGUUCAGCUCAGUGCACUAGCCCUGAGACAAGGAAGUGUCAGUGUGGACCAGGUACCAGCCACAGCACCAGGCAGACUGUGUCUGUCCCACCUUGUGUCAGCAACUGGUGGGCCCUGUGGAGGUGGCUGGCUAGAAGCAUCAUAAUACAUCACUGUGCUGCUGUGGAAAACAGGAUGUGGCUACUACAAGCUCCUGCUGGCAGAGAAGGACAAGGACUGACUCUGCUUUCUUUCGGACUUGGCUGCCAGCGUGGCCAGACAGAGGCCCAGUCUCUCCAGCUGGCUCACGGCUUCAUCCAGCUGAGCAGCCCGGAGCAAUCACCCGUCCUCUCCCUGCUUUGGUCACUGAGCUGAUCUGACUCACAGCCCCUGGGAAGGGUCCAUCUUUGUCAAACAAACACCAAGGAUGAGCUGAAGUUAUCUAGAUUUUAAAUCCUGACAGAUUCUGACCAUGGCAUACUUGUUUCCAGAGUAUUUAGCAGCUUUAUUUUGUAGUGUUGUGACAUUCACAGAGAAUUCCAUGUACAUUCAUGGUACCAAUUUGACAGCACUCAUUAAAGAAUGUUAGUGAAAACUGUUGAUCAGAACUGACCUAAAA